AUGCCCAAGCACGCUCUCACCCUUCAUCACGACGAGGACCCUAGCGGCAAGAAAAGAAAAAUGGAAAGCAGCUUGAGAGAGAAUCACCUACCAACAGACGGAGAGAUGGAAACGAUGUCAGUGAGAGAAAAACUCCUUGCGGGUGUGUCUUUUAGCCUCGGCAGGAGGCAGCAGGAUCAACAACAGAAGAAGCCAGCGCACAACCGGCCAUGCUAUGCUCCUGUAGCUAGCUUACAAAGAGCUGUAGAUGACGCCUUUCGCGUGAAACCGAGCAUGCGCCAGAGUUUAGAUGGUGGUCCUGAGCCUGAGAUGAUGCUUCCAGGGGAGGUGGAAGAGAGAUUCUGGGCGGAGAGUCUGAAACAACGAAGAGAAAUUCUCAGAGACCACUAUCACCAAAGAACGAGCCAGAGACGAGAUACGAGCCGACGACUGCAGGCAGUCUUAAGGCAGGCAAAUGACAAUCCGUUUGCGCCUCCGGUGGAAACUUCAAGCGAACAAGAACCAGAAGACACGUUACGGCUAUUUCUUCAAUCUGCUUGCCGUAGUUAUGGCUACAGAAAGCUGCAGAUGGACUUUUGCGGCUUCAUAAGAAUCAAGGUUCACAACGACUUCAAAGGAGAGCCCCUUGGUUCUGUGCCUGGGGAGCCCACCGUGGAGCCAGCAGACAGUGUGUGUCUCGAUGCCAGCGAGGGAAAUAUCACCUUAUAUGAAUGCGACGUGCCUGACCGGUUUGGCCGUGUCACCACAUGGGUGUGGCUCAAAAUCUGCAGACCACUCAGAGCAUACGAACUAGGACAUCAUCCAGCACCAGAUAUGUGCAAGGAAGAAGAAGAAGAAGAAGAAGAAGAAGAAGAAGAAGAAGAAGAAGAAGAAGAAGAAGAAGAAGAAGAAGAAGAAGAAGAAGAAGAAGAAGAAGAAGACGAAGAAGAAGAAGAAGAAGAAGACGAAGCCUGGGUCAUCAUCGCAAUCCCAAAGUCUCAGAUAGAGACGCUAGAAUAUGCCUGGAGCUACUGUCCUGUCCGUGAGAGCGAGACGCACGGAGACUACAUCAUGGACAUUACAGUUCCACAUAGCGUGCGGGAGGAUUCACAGAAUUACGACAAGAGAAAGGGGCUGGCAUUUCGGUACAGCCGGGAUGGGGUGCCCAGUAUAGCGUCGUCGAAGAAGAGCAGCGACGGUGAUUCAAUGUGGUUCGGAUUCCGGACUGACGUUGACGAGAUGCAGUGGGAGAGGAUAGAGGAAGACAUGGAAAAGAACUCGUGUCUCGUCCACGCAAUUCCGAAGAUUGAUGCCGAGUGGGAGCACGUAGCCCCAAAGCAAGACAGAAAGGUUGGACAGCCUGAUAAGGUGCCUCACAAGGCGAAGAGAUCAAGCGAUGUGCGGAGGUGUUCGAACCUCAGGAACGAAGUCCAUUCAGAGGACUGUUAG